AAUAAAUGAAUCAGAAUCAGGGUUAAAUUUCUUAGCCUAACUAAAAUGAAGAAUUUGUUUAUUUUGAAUCUAAAGGAUUAGAUAUAUUAAUAAAAUAGAUGGGAUUUGAGGAAAUUGUUUAAUUUGAUGAUAAGCCUAGAUAAAUGAUAAUAGAUAUUGGAAAUGAAUUUAUGAAUAAAUUAUUAGAAGAAUCAAUGAGAGUAAGUUAAAAGCGAUAAUAAAAUGAUGAUUAAAAGACUUAAAAGCCAAAGCUUGCAAUUUAAGAUGUAAAAUUUGCAUUAGGUGAUUAUUAUAUAUGUUAAAAGUAGAGAAUUGUUUAAGAAUGCCACAGUAAAACUUUAGUAUAGAGAAAGAUCUCUGA